AUGGAGUUCGUCCAGGACGGCGAUGUGGCCAUGUUAUCGCGGGGGCCGAACAGCAACAGCAGCCUCUUUCUCAUAUCCUUCUGCCCGCUUCCAGUUUUGAAUAGACAGCAUGUGGUCAUUGGCACCGUGCUGAAGGGGAUGCGGGUUAUUCGCAGAAUUGAGGAUGUUGGCACUAAGAAUGGAGCUCCUAUGGAGCCCGUGAGAAUCAUAGGCUGCGGACUGUACAAGGGGCCUCAGGACGGUCCUCCCUUCUUUUCUUCCGCGGAGCUUCUAGAGGCAGCGGAGGCGUCUGCGCUACGAAAAGAGGAGUUUCUGCAGUUGUCGCCGGAGAAGCAGGAGGAGCUGCUGCAGGGGUAUGCGAAAGCAAAGGGGGAACGCUUCAAGAAGAGAGGAGGCCUUUCUUUGCAGCCCCUCGCUAUCGCUGAGCAGCCAUUAGAAGAAACAGGCAGUAGUGCUUGA